AUGAUCAUCUCGUCCGUGGUCGUCGCCGGUCUCCGAGCCGCCGCCGCCGCGGCGCCACACGGCCCCCGGUACCUCAUGCCCCAAGGCCCCGACGACGUGGUGCUCGCGACUGCCACGUUUGGCGCCGACGCCUCCAUGCACCGGCGGCUCCUCCUCGCGCUGCACGUCGAGUCGACGACGAUCCUCGACACCGGCGCCGAGUCGCAGAGCCCGGGGUCCGAGAUCUUUGCGACCGGCGACUGGGACGCCUACGUCCAGCGCACGCAAGCCGAGCAUAUUAUUUAA